AUGUUUAAGACCUGUUUUAAUCGAAGGUUAUUUUCACCAGCAUCUUCGGUUCAUCGAAUUAAGGCAAGUUCACAGUUCCAUUUGUCUUCAGUAUCACGUCGAGUAGAAUUUACAAAUAAUAUUUACAAUUCAGUCUCUAGAUCCAAUCCAAAUUUACCCAGAGGUUGGUCUAAGAGACAUUUGAUUGUUGGAGCUAUUGUUGGUUCAGGGAUCUUUUUUUAUUAUACCAAUAACACAGUUCAUGAUUUUUUAAAACAUAUUGGUCAUACUAUAAGGAGAACAAGUAUUGUCACUCAAGCCACUAUACGUUGUUUUUACAAUUAUAAGAAGACCUUGAAUACAGAUUAUCCUGAUGAAGAUUCGAGACUCAAGGCUCUGAGUGAUUGCCAUUUAAAAUGUGCUCUUAUUACUUUAAACGCUUUACAACGUAAUGGUGGUAUUUAUAUAAAAUUGGGUCAACAUAUCGGUGCAAUGACUUAUUUAUUACCUCCUGAAUGGACUGAAACAAUGAUACCUUUACAAGACCAGUGUCCUGAAUCAACUUUAAUUGAAAUUGAUAAUAUGUUUAAACAGGAUUUGAAAAAAAGUAUAGAUGAGAUAUUCAUUGAAUUUGAUCCUAAACCAAUUGGUGUUGCAUCCUUAGCUCAGGUGCAUAUUGCAACAUUAAUCGAUUCUGGUGAAAAAGUUGCAGUAAAAUGUCAACAUCCUUCUUUAAAAGAAUUUAUUCCCUUAGAUGUUAUGUUAACUCAAACAGUUUUCAAUCUUUUAGAUGUCGUUUUCCCUGAAUAUCCAUUGACUUGGUUAGGUGAUGAAUUGCAAUCUUCUAUUUAUAUCGAAAUUGAUUUUAAGAAAGAGGCAGCUAAUGCAAUUCAAACUCAAGCUUAUUUUGCAAAUUUUAAAAGAAAUACGGCUAUUAGAAUUCCAAAUGUCAUUAGUGCAAACAAAAGAAUUUUAAUUAUGGAAUAUGUAAAUGGUAAAAGAUUAGAUGAUUUAAAUUAUUUGGAUAAAAAUAAUAUCUCAAGGGCUGAAGUUUCAUCAUGUUUAUCACAUAUUUUUAAUAAUAUGAUCUUUACACCAAAUGUUGGUAUUCAUUGUGAUCCUCAUGGUGGUAAUCUAGCUAUCAGAGCAAUCCCUUAUGGAGGUUCGGCUAAUCCACAUAAUUUUGAAAUUGUACUUUUUGAUCAUGGUUUAUAUAGAUACCCUUCAACUAGAAUGAGAAGAGAUUAUGCUAAAUUUUGGUUGGCUUUAUUAGAUCAUGACCAAGAAAAAAUGAAAUUAUAUGCUAAAAGAUUUGCUAAUAUCGAUCCUGAACAAUUCCCAUUGUUUGCCGCCGCAAUUACAGGAAGAAGUAUCGACACAGCUUUAAAUUAUGAUAUUUCAAAAAGAAGAAGUGAUACAGAGAUAAAAGUUAUGUCAGAUGGUAUCGUAUCAGGUGCAUUCCUUGCAAAUUUGAUGAGCAUCUUAUCAACAAUACCACGUAUUGUUCUACUUAUCCUAAAAACUAAUGAUUUAACUAGGCAUUUAGAUGAAUGUUUACAAAAUCCUCUUGGCCCAGAAAGGACAUUUUUAAUCAUGACACAAUAUUGUGCAAAAACGGUUUAUGAUGAAGAUUGUGAAGAUAUAAAUAAAACUUUUUCAAGAUGGUCAGUAUACUGGAUGUGGAGUCACUUUAUAUCAUGGUUCAUUUAUGAAAAGAGAAAAAACCAACUAGUUCUAUAUGAUCUUGCAUUUUGGUGGAAACAGCAUGUUCUAACAAAUUAA